GGCCUCUGCAGGGGUCGGCCUAAGAGGAGAGAGAGAGGGCACCCGAAUGUUAGUGAGAGUCCUGCACUUCCUCAGCCUGUCCCGCCCUCGGCUGCUUUCUCCUUCCUCACUGUCUCCCCUGUGUUUUGUUUGCCUGGCACAAUGACUGUAGGGAACAUGGAGCGAGCUGAGCUGUUUGAUGCCGGGAGCAAAGGUCGAGGCUUGAGGGCUGCCAAAGAGCUCAACACGGGGGAAGUGAUCUUCUCCGAGCCCAGCUUUGCAGCUGUGGUCUUCGACAGUUUGGCCACCCAGGUGUGCCACAGCUGCUUCCGCCAUCAGGCCAAUCUGCACCGCUGCGCUCAGUGCAAGUUUGCCCACUACUGCGACCGAACCUGCCAGACCGCGUGCUGGAACGAGCACAAGCAGGAGUGUGGCGCCAUCAAGAAGCUCGGCAGCGCGCCCAGCGAGAAUAUUCGCUUGGCAGCUCGUGUGCUGUGGCGUAUGCACAAGGACACGGGCAUCGCUUCCGACAGUCAGCUGAUCUCUGUUGACCAACUGCAGGAGCAUGUGGCCGACCUGGCCGCCGAAGACUUUAAGCAGCUCCGGGCUGACGUGCACAAGUUCCUUCAGUACUGGUCUUACGGGACGAGGCAGCACUCUGUCGACUAUAUCUCACACAUCUUUGGCAUCAUCAAGUGUAAUGGAUUCACCCUGAGUGACCAAAGAGGGCUGCAGGCUGUGGGUGUGGGUCUUUUUCCCAACCUGUGCCUGGUCAACCAUGACUGCUGGCCUAACUGCACCGUCAUCCUCAACCACGGGAAGUACGUAUCCGAAAACCUACACCAUCCGGUCCUUUUCUGUCCCAGGAUUGAGCUACGGGCUCUGGGGAAAAUCCCUGAGGGAGAAGAGCUGACCGUGAGCUACGUGGACUUCCUGAACCUUUCGGCUGACCGCCAGAAGAAGCUGAAGGAGCGUUUCCACUUUGACUGCACCUGUGAGCACUGCAGCAAGCACAUCGAGGAUGACCUGAUGACAGCGGGUGCAGACAGCAAACCAUCUGCGGAUAAGGUAAAGGAGGUAACAGUCUUCAGUAAGGAGUCUUUGGAGAAGAUUGAGAAGUCACGCAUUGAGGGAGAUUACAAUGAGGUGCUGAAGUUGUGUUAUGAGUGUCUGCAGAAGCAGGAGAAUGUCCUGGCAGAUACUAACCUGUACAAGCUGCGAGUGCUCAGCUUCGCCAGCGAGGUCCUGUCAUACCAGCGGUCCUUCGCCAAGGCAGCAGACUACGCCCACAGGAUGGUGGAGGGAUACAGGAAGUUGUACCACCCCAAUAACGCCCAGCUGGGUAUGGCCAUUAUGCGGGCAGGUGUCACCCACUGGCAUGCAGGGCAGAUCGAGGAGGGCCACAGCCUGAUCUGUCAGGCCUACCGCAUCCUGAUGGUCACCCAUGGACCCAACCACGCCAUCACCAAAGACCUGGAGGGGAUGCGCACACAGACCGAGCUGGAGCUGAAGAUGUUUAAGCAGAACAAGGCUGCGUACCAAACCAUGAGGGACGCUGCACUGAAGCACUGAACACCAGAAACCUUCACCGCUGAUGCUCCCAUCUUAACUGUCCGCUGACAUGUACAUACCGAGUCCCCUAAAGCUCUGCAAACAGCCCCUGAGCAGAGAUUGAUCUGAUUGCAAAGCUGCAGCUUGUAAUGCAAUAUGCUGCAUGUAUGUACAAUAAAAGUGGAGAUACAUGUGCUGUAA